UGGCGCUGAAGAGCCCUGGGGAGACUGAUGCAAAAAUGGAUAUUUUACCGACGCUCCCACCCCCCGACCCAAGCCAACAAGCCACGUGGCUCUUCCAGACGUUCACCCCUGGGACUCGGUAUAAAAAUACUACUCCGGCACCUACCAGUCCACUCCUGACUGCUUUCUCUGCUGCCUCCGUACGAAGAAUGGCCCAGACUCCCACCAAGACCACAUUCAGCAGGGGCAAGCUGGAAAGACGAGCUAGCAGAGAGCCCAACAGCCUCCAGACCUCUGAUGGCAGAACACUUGUGAUCGAAAUGACCCCCAAACCAACAAUCUGUGUGAAACACACCCAGAGAACUGAAGGGAUAGUGAAGGUGCACCACAUAAAAGGAUCGGAUAACAACACCCAUGUGGCUUUCUGCUUUCAGAAGAACACUGACUACUAUUACCCCUUCGUCAAGGACAGCAAGCUGAAGCUGCAGAAAGUAGGAUUGCCGAAAACCCCGAGAGGGAAGGAGUUCGAGUUCAAGUGGAACUCCGAGACCUUGGAGUCCGUGGCCCAGCCCAACUGGUUCUGGGUUAUUGACAAAAACAAAGUCCAGGUGCAAAAAGAAAAAAAAGAGACCUUCCGCUGGAUUAAACUUUACAGGAUGAAAAAAAAAACCAAAGCAUCCAAUGAAGCUGCACAGGGCAUUUCGUGUGUCAAGAAAUGAGCGUUUGAGUGUCGUCGUUAAGGGCGACCUAGCAACAGAGUAAUCCCUGUGAAAAUGAUGUGAUUGCGAUGUCUUCGCAACCUCGGUUCUCUGAAAGGGAAAGGAGUCAUCGGAGAUGCAGACGUGAUUUGUGACUGACGUUAUACUGACACUUUACUGUCGCUUUUAUUCCACCUAAGUCAUGUCUUUGCGUAUCUACGGAAGCCUAUUAGCGCCACGGGGAAAUAAAUUCAUUAGCGCGUUUAAAUGAGAUGUAAUCACGACGAGAUACUACUGCCAAGCUAACAGGACUCUCUUUAUAAAUCCAUAUUACUCUCAUGUAGCCGCUUCUCUGGCGUCCUGGAAUUGUUUGGGGAUUUUGAGGCUGGCAUUCCUGUAUCUAGUUAUAUUCACGCCUCCGCAAACCUAGACAGAAAUGCCUUUUCUUCUCCUUUCACAUGACUCAAAUGUAUUCUUUACAAGCACAGGCGAAAAGCAUGUUGUUUUUUUAAUACUUAAAUAUACUGUAAAUCCACAGUAGGUAUAGGUCUGGUUAAUUCAUCAUAAAAGUAUUCUGAUCAGUGUUUAAGGAAUAGGCAACAACCUUAUCGACAUUUUUCUGCACUUCAGAUCAAAAAGAAAAUGUCUGUCAUGCCACGCCUUUCCUGCUUUGCACAUAAAUGGUGAAAACAGUAAGAAUUGAACCCAGGAAUGCACCAUGACGUUAUUACCCUUCAUGUAUGAAAAGGACACUAUACGUGCUCCGUCAGGCUAAUAAAUUUGCAUAAAGAGGAGUGGGACGGUUUUUUUUCCUAAUGAAAAUAGUUUUGCAUACGGCAAUAUUAUUAAAUAUACCAGUAUAUUAAUAUACUAGUGUAAUUAUUUUACACAAUAAAUAUUGCGUUUAAAAGCAAUGAUUUAUUUUUCUUCGUGGCGCUGAUCAACUUCCGUACUAGCUUGCCGUACUAGCCUACUAGUGUAACACGUUCAAUAUUUGUAUUUUUUUCUUGCAUUAUGUAAGUUGUAUAACUUUGUAACUUAUCCCAGUUAUGUGACGGUAUUCAUUUUUAUCCUGGGUGUAUUUUGUAACUGUAAUGCUAAAACAUUUACCACUUUAUAAAUGCAAGUAAAUGUGAAUGUGAAGAAA